CUCGAGAACAGCGACGGCCAACAGCGAGGAGCAGCAGGAGCGGGAGAUGGAGCUGCUGGGCCAGCUCAGCCCCGAGGAGCAGGCCGCUAUCUACGGGAAGGAGCGCGAGGUCAACAAAGGCGACGCUGCAGUGAGAUGGAUGUGCGCAAAUGACAUACACGUGCAUCCCCACACUGACACCCUGGUCUGGUCUCCCCCUGUCUGUCGGUCUUGUCAGCUGGAUGCGAGGCUCGCCAGCCGCACCCAGGAGCUGACUCUGCAGUACCAGGGCGUGGCCAACACCGAGGUGGGUGGGAGGGUGGGCUGAGUGUCACAUAGACAGAUGCGGGCAAGGGUGGACGGCCUCACUGGCUCACUCGUGAGUACAUCUGUGUGUGUGUGUGUGCGUGUGUGUGUGCAGGAGGAGGAUGGGGAGGAGGACGAUGGGCAGGUGCCCGAGUGGUUGGAUGAGCCCCUCCCACAGCACACCUCGCUGCCGGUAGGCAAGGCACCCCACAAUCAAAAGACCGACGUGUGACAUACACACGUGUGUGUGUGCGUGUGUGUGUGCACAUCUUGGUGGUUUCUACCAGUUGGCCACCCAGCCGCAGCAGCAGCCCCAAAGCUUCUCCCGCUAGUCCAUCCGUCGAUGCCCGUCCGCCUGUUUGUCCGCCUCGCUGUCCGUCCAUCCCGUGUUGCGUGUCCGCCCACACCCCCGUGUACUCGACUGCCAUGGCUGCCGACACUCCACCUGUCUGCCCACCUUUCCGACUCUUCGACUGCUCCAACCACGCCGCCACUCCCCCAUUCUUACCCUCC